CUUUCUUCAAAUUCUUUCUCUCUCACGAAAAGGAUAAGACUUCCAAAUUUCCCACUCUUUUUUCCAACUCCCUCUCUCACACCUCUGGUCCGUAGAUCAGUUGUAUAACUACAUUCCAAAACAAUGGCUCUAGCAUCUGUUGAAGGAAGUUCAAAGCUAAACCCGAACGCCCCGCUUUUCAUCCCAGCCGCAUACCAGGUGGAGGAUUUCUCCCCACAAUGGUGGCAACUGGUGACAACCUCGACAUGGUACCGUGAUUACUGGCUGAGCCAACACCAAGAAGAGAGCGACUUCUACAUAGAUGGUGAAGGCGAAGAUGAUUUCAGCAAUGACAUUGCUGAAUUCCUUCCAGAAGCGUUCGAUCUUGAUGCGAAUGAAGAACUCCGUACCAUGGAAGCUGAAUUCGAGGAGUUCAUUCAAGCUUCUCUUAAUGAAGGGUAUCACCCAGAGAAGUAGGUUGCCUUUUAAAAGCUGACCCAAAAAAGAACUUCCUUCGUUGAUCAGCUUGCAUUUUCAGGUUUUUACCAUGUUGAUAAGCAUAAGAAGCAAAAUCUGCAGGUUUUUCUUUUCUUUUUUUUUUCUUUCUUUCUUUUCUAAAGUAACUUGUGUACAAAGCAAAGUUGCUAGUUUUGCAACUUUUGCAAACCCCACUUGUUCAUUAUUGUGCAUCUUACUUUACAAGUGUCCCAAAAAAGUGUAAAAAAAAAGGAACAUAGCUUUUAAUGAGAAAGAGAUAUUGAUUCUCUA